AUGGAGGGGCCUUCCCCACUGUCGCCCGCUGCGGAGGCGGAGGCGGCUGAGAUCGACGCGCUCAUUGCUGCCAGCCGCCUUGAGCUCCGGCGCAGGGCUCUCACCCUCGACUCCACCGCCGCCUUCCAAGUUGGGCGCAGCAACGUGGUGGAGGGGCUGGCUCGCGCCAUCCGCCUGCACUUCACACGCCAUGCGCUAGUGAUGGUGGGCAUCCGAGGCCGGGCGGCGGGCACGCCAGUGGACGAGAUCGUCACGCAGCUCGAGGAGGCGACUGGGGGUGUGUUUGUGUCACGGGAGCCGUCCAAGGUGGUGCUGUACCGCGGGUGGGAGGACGGCCACCCCGCCCCCUGGGAGGGGCCGCGCGUCAUGCAGGUGACGCCGCAGAUGGUGGCCGCCAUGCAGAGCGAGGCUGGCAGUGACCUGGGCAUGCACGCUGUGGAGGGUGCUGAUGGCGUGGAAGGCACUGGGAGUGACGGGGAGGUGGAGGAAGAAGGGGAGUCGUGGACAGACCAGUUUGAUCAAUAUGGCACUGAGGUGACCAAAGGAGAUGUGGGGCUGUUAUAUGACCAACAGCACAGCGAGAUUCGUGAUUCUUGA